AUGAGCUCUCAAAUUCGUCAGAAUUAUUCCACUGAGGUAGAAGCUGCCAUCAACCGCCAGGCCAACAUGCAUCUGCAGGCCUCCUAUGUCUACCUCUCUCUGGGCUUCUAUUUCGACCGUGACGAUGUGGCUCUGCACGGCGUGGGCCACUUCUUCCAAGAGAUGGCCAAGAAGAAGCGUGAGGGCUUUGAGCGUCUCUUAAAGCUGCAAAACCAGCGCGGUGGCCGCAUUCUUCUCCAGGACGUGGCGAAACCUUCCAAAGAUGACUGGGGUAAAACCCAGGACGCCAUGGAAGCAGCCUUGGCCUUGGAGAAGAGUGUGAAUCAGGCCCUUUUGGAGCUGCAUGGCCUGGGUUCUGGCCGCUCAGACCUUCAUCUCUGUGAAUUCCUAAAGAACCACUUCCUGGAUGAAGAGUUGAAACUCAUCAAGAAGAUGGGCAACUACCUGACUAACAUCCGCAGGCUGGGCCCCCAGGCUGGGAUGGGCGAGUAUCUCUUCGAAAUGCUCACCCUCAAGCACGACUAGGCAGCCUUUGAAGCCCAGAGGCCUUUGAGGGGCCCCUCUGCAUUUCCCUGGCCUCUGGCUUUUACCUGAGCCUCCCCCUGCAAUCCCACCCUGGAACCCUGUCCCAUGCAUUGGACCGAAUGGAAACAAUAAAGCCUUCUGCAGCAGCUGGUGGUUUUGUGUG